UUUUCAGCAUGCUUUGCGAUCUUUCACUUUUCGUCGAAGGGCUUGGCCCAAUCCAUCAAUCAUUAUCCACCCUACGAACCGUGAGCCGCUGUGUCAGCUUUGAGCAAGCCGUGGAGAGAUCAACUAACUAAAGCAUCAAGACUUGACGAGGAACAUCUAUCUAUUGAGUAAUCGGGAAGGCUAAGGCAACCAGGACCAGUCCAGUCCGUAUACCCAUUGAGCGCGAGAGAAAAUUAUCUCAGGCAGGUUGUCAUUGUCCAAACUUUCCAUCUCGUGUCACUCACUGGCUACCGUACAGCUAGCUACAUUUGACCAUGAAGAAAGGGGGCGUUGUGGAAUCACCCGCCAAGCGAUCCCGCACCGGCUCUUUCACGAAAGAUGAACAAGACAAAAUCAAGACUCCCAAAAUGCCACCAGCCAUGUUUGUGCCAAAAGAUGAUUCGGCCAUGGAUAUAGAUUAUAGCCAGCUGUUGCAGGAUUCGGCUCCUACUGCUUUCGGGGUAUCAUCAUCAACAUCACUGGGAGGGAUGGGAUCAGUAGGACAUGGCAUUUUCGGGAAAGGAUUUGGUGGAAGCUUUGAUGGUGGAGCGAACUUGGGAGGAGCUCUAGGACGGCUGGGUUGUGCCGAGAAGGACUGGAAACUUCCUGACAACGUCCCGAGGGGUACGAUUUAUUCAGCACCGGAUUGGGAUGCCGCUGAUUCGGAAGCCACGCGGCGAGCCAAAAUGUACGAUGAGGCACAGAAAAAGAUGCAAAUUCAGUAUGAAGAGGAAGAGCGCGAAGAACAGCGAUUGUUUGAAGAAUUUAAACGACAAAAGGCCUCAGGAUCAUCAAUGGGUCGGUCUCCAAUGGAAUCUCAAAAGCCAAAUCCCAUGCCACAUCAGCAUCAACCAACAACACAAUUUUAUCAUCAGCAGCAAGGGCAGGGAAAGCACAAUUAUCAGCCAGACUUCCCACAGCAGCAUGCUUCUCAUGUUCAGAAACAGCAUCCUUUUUCGCAGCAGCAUUCUACCCCAUACAGUGCGUAUGGUUCCAUGGAGCGUCGAGGCAGUGGCAACGACAAUUUCUCACGAAGCAGCAACUACAGCCACUAUGGACCGGCAGGCAACAAUCGCAUGAAUUUGGACGCAAGCACAGUGGUCACUGCCUCCACGGCAUCAACCACAAAGAGUGGGUCCACACGGUCCUCCAACUCUACCUUCAGCUCGGGUGGCAGCAGCGGCAUGUUUCUACCACAGAAUCGUCCAUCGUUUGGUUCUGCCCCCUUUCAAUCUUCCACUUUGGGGCCAGAUCCUACCGUGCAGCAGCAGCAAGCACCAUCUUCACAUGCAACCGUUCCCAAGCACGAGCUGUACACCUUUUUUGGACGAAAGCCGCGACGCAAACAAUUGAGCAAUGACGAUUACAUGUGGUGGAACAAUGGGGCUAAACCACACGAACUACGAUUCACUGCCGUGUUCCAAGAUCCUCUCACGGGAGAAGUCUUUCAUUCCGGAAAAUACGGGGACCACAAGUUCUACGAUGUCGUCAAGGGUACCAGUUUGGAGGGAAAAGAAAUAGAAAUGGUCUGGUACACGAAAAAGAAUCUGGCCGAACAUGGUGCCGCUGCCCGGUGUGUGGAUUGCUUGCGGUAUCGAGAUGCGCUCAAAGAAGGCUCUCAAGCCGUGCAAGCACUCACUCUAGUGGGCACCAGCACACCAUAUACGCAGGAACAGGCCCCUGGGACUCCUCCCGUGCCUCAUGACAUUCUGGAGAAACUCACCACCAGCCAAAAGCGCAUUCAAGACUUUUUGGCAGGAAUGGGCAUGGCGCCACCCUAGAAACGGGAAUUGACUACAUCCAUUCCUGCUCUAAAAAGUCUUGAUUUGACGCUUGCGGAUGGGUGGAUGGAUGGAACAUGGAUGACGAGUUUUCUUCUUUGCUGUUGAUUUAUUUUUCUCAUCUGGGAUCAUGACCUUGACGGUAUGAACUGUGCUUUGUCGAUUUCUCAAAAUAGAUGCGGAAGGCGUCGCUCUAUUUUGAGAUGUCUAUGACAGUGCAGUCCAUGAUCUCCCAUGGAGGAAAGAGCAAAGAAGGAUUAGAUCAAAAGAACCGAUGGAAAAGUUUGCGGCUGCGUGACCACGAUGUAGCUAGAUUUCAACGUUGUCGAGCGAAUUUGAUGCUUUUAGUUUACGUAUUAGUACUUUUAUGAGGUU